GAGGGGAGCAAAAGUUGGGAGGGCAUCGAGAUUAUUCUAAAGAGCCGUAGAGUGUUUCAUAGUUCUAGCUUCCGGUCAUUCAUUUGCUGCCGCGGCCGUGGUGCGUGAGCGGCGGCAUGGAGCUGACUGAGGCCGAGCUGGCCGGCUCGGACAGCUCGGACGAGCUGUCGGCGGACGAGGCCGGCCCGCUCGAGGCGGCCGAGGACGAGCUCAGCGACGAUGGCGGCGCGCCGCGGAAGAAGGCGCGCACGGCGCUGCGCCGGCCGCCGACCGCCGACGAGCUCAUCAGUCUGCGCCAGACGCAGAACCUGUUCCACUCCAACUUGUUCCAGCUGCAGACCACCGAGAUGCUGUCGGAGGUGACUCCCACCGCCAAGCAGUCAUCAGCGCUGCGGGCCUGGAUCACGGAGUUUGAGGCCUGGCUGGCGGCGCUGUACGCGCGCAAGCGGGCGCUCUACCUCACCUACCUGGCGUGGCGGCUGCGCGGCUGCCAGCUGGUCGCCUGCGUCGAGUUUGCGCUCGUCGACGGCGAUCCCGCUGCGCGGGAGCUGGCGCAGCUGCCGGCGGCGUGCCAGGCUGUGCGCCUGCUGGCCGUCUGGCUGCGGCAGCGACAGCUGGAUCAGGGACCGGGCGCCGUGGACGCGGAGCUGCUCACGGCGUUCAUACUCUGGCUGUUCAAGCAGCGACGGCUCGCGAAGCUCAUGAGCGCCUAUCAGGUGAUGCGCAACGUUUGGGUCCAGCUGACCAAGACGGACUGGGCGGCUGAGGGCGUCAGCUUCGUGGACAACCCGGCCGACGGCCAGCCGGCGCUGCACGAGUUCACGGAGUGUUUCGAGGUGGUGCUGGUGGAGCCGUCCGGCUUCCUGAACCUGGCCUGGGCCGUGAGCGGCGCCACGUACGCGCGGCUGCGCGACGAGGCGGCGCGCGCCGUGGCCUACCUCGACGACCCAGAGGUGGACGGCUUUCAGGCGCUCUUCAUGACGCCGGUGCCGUUCCUGGAGGCGCUCGACCACGUGUGGCACGUGCAGACGUCGGCGCUGACGCGACAGCAGCCGGCGACCGUCGUCGACAAGGGCCCGGACUCGGAGCGGCGCGCCGAGGCGGCCGAGUUCCGCGCCUUCUGGGGGACGCCGGCCGGCACGCGCCGCUUCCAGGACGGCAGCAUUCGAGAGGCGGUGGUGUGGCGCGCCGAAACGCUGCACGAGCACCGCAUGAUCUGCCGCCAGGUGGUGCUGCACCUGCUGCGGCACCACUUCAAGGUGUCGGAGUCGGAGGUGCGCUACGUCUCGGACGGCCCGGAGGAGCUGCUCUGCCAGACGCGCCAGCUGCCGGCCUUCGCGUACGGCUCGGGCGAGGAGGCCGAGCUGGCGUUGUCGGCCAGCUUCGGCCGCCUGUCGGCGCUGCUCCGGCGCAUGCACGCGCUGCCGCUGUCGGUGGCGGCCGUGCACGCGGCGGCGCCGGCGCUGCGGCACGCCGAGCCCUUCCCCCCGCUGCCCGAGAUGUACCAGGCGCUCAGCGGACGCUCCGUCCGACACGGGGCCAGCCAGCUGCUGGAGCGGCAGGUGGAGCUGCCGCUGCCCUGGGCGCCCGUCUCGGACGUGGUGCUGCAGCUGGAGAUCAGCGGCAAGUGGCCCGAGGAACCGGAUGCUAUUCGCCGGGUCAAGGCCGCCUUCCACCUGCAGAUGCGGACCGAGCUGACCAGCCAGGGUCUGACGGCGGCCGUGCGCCGGGACGGUGUGCUCGUCAUCUGCGACGGCUUCCUCUUCCGCCUGGCGGUGGCGUACCCGCGCGAGCCGGCCCUGCUGCGCCUGCGCAAGCAGCCGGAGGCGGCGGCGCUGCUGCUGGCCGGCCUGCAGCGGCAGCACCCGGCGUACAGCGCCUCCUGUCGCCUGGCGCUGCGCUGGCUCUCUGCGCAAAUGCUGUCGGAGCUGGUGCCCGAUAUCGCUGCCGAGCUGCUCAUGGCCCAGAAGCUGGCGGCGGCCGCUCACCAGCUGCUGAGCGCACAGCUGGACGCCACGCCGGACUCCGCGACCCCCGACUGGCGCGCCAUCUUCCGGCCGCCGCUGGACACGUUCGACAUGCGCUGCUGUCCGGCGCCGGCGUGA